UUCGCUGUAUCAAGGACUUCGUGAAGCAUUCAAUAGAGAGAUUAGAUUUGUCCAAAUUCGAUCAGACUGUAAAGAACUAGUUCACGCAAUCGACAGUCAACAACAACCAUUCGAAAUCUCCGUUCUAGUCCAUGAUAUUAAAAUGCUACGUCUAUGUAGUAGGUUUAGUUAUUGCAUUAUUAGUAAGGUAAGCCGGCAAGAGGUCGCUCCAGCUCAUGAGCUAGCCACCGCAGCCAGAUUUGGUAACUUAAAUCUUUAAGUUUAUGACUGUUUGUCCUUGUCGUCAAAAAAAAUGUUGUUGCAUCUAUUAGUGAAUUAUUUCCAUGAAUAAUGUCAAAGGGAGUGUUGAUUCCACUUAUGCAUUGAACUUGAAAUUAAUUCUAUGGAUACCGAUACAUAGUACAGUACGCUAGAAUUUUGAUUUUUUAAUAAAAUCGCUACUCUAAGUAGUGGAUAAUACCAAUAAUGUUUCACUGAAGUUGACCGCUGUUUCAGAUAGCGGUGAUAUUGUGUCCCUAAGACAAGCUAUAAGAGACGCAUAUAAAUCGCUACUUAGAUUAGUGGUUCAUUAUAGAACAUAACCAAUGCAAGAGAAAAGGGGAAAAAACGCGCCAUGUAGGCGUUGUGUGCCCGCGCACUCGGCUUUCGCGGCACUCUCCUUUUCUCUUCUUGGCAAUUUACGGUAUAAACCGCUACCGUCAAUAGCGACUUAAAUUUAACCGCUACUCACGUUGGCGUUGUGCACCUCGCGCACUCGGUUGCUUUGCCAACAGUAUAUUAAAAAUAUUCUCACGUGCUGUCUUAUCUGGACAGUAUCCAUAAAAUUAAUUUCAAGUUCAAUGCAUCCAAGGAAUUAAUACUCUCUUUGACGUCAUUCUUGAAAAAAUUUCACCUACUAUUACAUGUUUGUAAUGUGAAAGAGUUCUUAAAAAAAAUUUUUUUACUAUAUAUUGACCACCUUUUGAAAUACUCUUAUUCCCUUGGUCCUAUGUUAGUUAUUCCACGUGUUUUUUUUUUUUUUUUUUUUUUUUUUUUUUGCAGUUUCCCCAUACACAUUUUUCACAUGUUGCUAAAUAAAAAAUUCAAGAAAUGUUUUUAAACUUUAUAGAAAAGAUUAUACUAAUUAAAAUAUAAAUUCCAACUACAUUACAAUUUACAAAGUGGUCUGUUAGACUAUUAUUUUGAAACAAUUUCAAAUAUAAAUAUACCCUUUAUUAACCUUCUUUAAUUUUGAUUGUUGUCCCAACAAUAUAAGCUUGAAACUUUAUCAAGAAGUGCAUUGUUAUUAGGAGUGUACUUGUCAUUGCCACGUACUUUUUGCUAAAGCUUAGAGUUUCCCUCACGUCAACUAAUUUAUACUCUCUUAUUCCUAUUUGUCCUAUAAUUAUAACAACAUUAAGCAACUUUAACUAUAUUCCUAUUCCAAAUUGUAGUCGGAUUAACCAGGUGAUCUAGAGUUCGAAUCCUAAUCGUAGCAAUUAACAAACCAGCCUAUAAAUAUACAGAGGCCUGCCCUCUACAGUCUACAUUCUCUCUGUUUAAGCCCUCCUACUCAUAUACAUUAUACAUCCCAUCCAUCAUCAUCAUGGCUAAGAGAUGCAACAUCCUCGUUCUUCUUCUUCAUCUAUGCCUUUAUCUUCUUCCUGUUGUUGUUCCUGCUUCAGUUAAUAUCAAUAUUCCAGAUUCUGAAAAACUGUCCUUUGAUCAAAUCUAUCAGUUUGGUGACUCCUUAAGCGAUACCGGCAACCUUGUUCUUGAAAAUCCACUAGGAGCACACAAUUUUGCCAACUUUCCUUAUGGUGUUACAAUCCAUCAUCCUACUGGUCGUUGCUCUGACGGCCUUCUUAUCAUCGAUUAUUUCGCUAAAUACUUCCAUCUCCCACUCCUUAGUCCCUUUCUUGAUAAACAGGCCAACUUCACACAUGGUCUUAACUUCGCUGUGGCUGGCUCCACUGCUCUAGACACCGCUACUCUAGCAUCUCUAAACGUACUUUCACCUGUUACCAAUUCUUCUUUAUCUGUUCAGCUUAACUGGUUUAAGUCUCAUCUUGAAUCAACCUGUGGUAGUCCUUCAGAAUGUGAAAACAAACUCCGAAGAUCAGUGUUCUUCAUAGAGACAGGAGGUAAUGAUUACAAUUAUGCGUUACUUCAAAGGAAGACUAUUGAAGAGGUGAAAGAUAUGGUGCCUCAAGUGGUUGAAACUAUUAAAGAAGCUGUCAGAAAAGUUAUCAGUCUUGGUGCAACUCGAGUUGUUGUACCUGGUAACUUUCCUAUUGGUUGUUUACCCAUCUAUCUUGCUUCAUUCGAAACAAAGGACACGAAUCAAUACGAUGAUUUGAAGUGUUUGAAGGGAUUGAACGAAUUUGCCAAGUUUCAUAAUGAUGUCCUGAAACAAGCUCUUAGGGAGAUUCGAGCAGAGUAUGCUGGCAAGAAUGUUGCAGUGGUUUAUGCAGACUAUUAUUCAGGUUUAAGGCGAAUUCUUUAUAAUGCAGAUGCUUUCGGGUUCAAGAAAGAUGAGAUACACAAAGCAUGCUGUGGAUCUGGUAAGAAUGCGUACAAUUUUGAUUUGAUGAAGAUGUGUGGAAACAAAGGAGUUCCAGUUUGUCCAAACCCAUCUCGACUCGUCAGCUGGGAUGGAAUCCAUUUGACUCAAAGGGCAUACAUGCGCAUGGCUCAACGCUUGUUUCAGCAAAUCAUUCCACAAAUCUUACAAGUUGUUUGAUGAGUUAUUAGAAAAUAGAAAGUUAUGUCUUUUAGGAAGUUUUUUUUCUAUUAAUAUGUAAUGUUUAGUUAUAUUCUGUCAGUUGUCACAAGAAAAUACAGUUCAUGUUAAUUUACAUAUUCUGAGUAUCAAAUUCUGUAGGAGCUAGUUUCUUUUCCUAUAUAAAGUAAUGUUUAGUUAUGUUCAUUUGUCCAAGGAAUUCAUUCAACUAGAGUACUAAAUUUUGUUUCCUAGAGUUGUAAUUAAUGAAGUCUUAACUACUGCUUCUUCACUAACAUAUGAGCCCAUUGCAAAGAAGAUUCUU